AUGUGGACCAUCUGGGUGAUCAUCUUCUGGAUUUCAACCUCCACGAUCAGAGCUGUACCACCUGUCUGUGACCUUCUAAGUGUCCUGAAAAAGGAAAAAGAAAACUGUGCUGAGCUUCUGUCCCUGGAGGCAAAGAACAGAACACCUGAAAAUGACCCAGUUCUGAGCUCAGGCAGAUGUGCUGGGAUGUGGGAUAACAUGAGCUGCUGGCCUUCAUCCCUGGUGGGACAGACUGUCCAUGCUCAGUGCCCUGUAUUCUUCCAGAUGCUGACUGGGAAAAAAGGUUUUGUCUACCGGAACUGUACAAGUGAGGGUUGGUCAGAACCAUAUCCCAGACCUGAUAUCGCUUGUGGCUACAAUGUCAAUGACACAACAAAUGAGGCAAGACGUUCUUAUUUCAUGACUCUGAAGACCAUGUACACCAUCGGAUACUGCACCUCCCUCGUGACAUUGAUGGUAGCCUUAGCAGUCCUGAUCUCUUUUAGAAGACUUCGCUGUACCAGGAACUACAUCCACAUGCAUCUCUUCACAUCAUUCAUUUUGCGAGCCUCAUCCAACUUCAUCAAGGAUGCUGUUUUGUUCUCCUCUGAAGACACCAAUUACUGUGGGACAUACACGGCUGGCUGUAAGCUCACCAUGGUCUUCUUUCAGUAUUGCAUCAUGUCUAACUACAGCUGGCUCCUUGUGGAGGGACUGUACCUCCACACUCUCCUGGUUAUUUCUUUCUUCUCGGAAAGGAAGUUCCUUUGGUGGUUCAUCGCCCUUGGAUGGGGUGCCCCGACCGUGUUUGUGGCUGCAUGGGCGACUGCCAGGCAGCUCCAUGAAAAUAUUGGGUGUUGGGAUAUUAACACUAAUGCCAAUACCUGGUGGAUCAUUAGAGGCCCUGUAGUUUUGUCUAUUUUUAUUAAUUUCAUUUUUUUUGUCAACAUCUUAAGAAUCUUGAUGAGGAAGCUCAGAUCACCUGAAGGACGGAGCAGUGAUUUCAACCAAUACAAGAGACUUGCAAAAUCAACCCUCCUCCUCAUCCCUCUCUUUGGGGUCCACUACAUCAUCUUUGCUUUUUUCCCUGAAGACACAAGCAGCGGCACAAUGGAAAUUCAGCUGUUUUUUGAAUUAGCUCUUGGAUCAUUUCAGGGCUUUGUCGUGGCUGUACUCUAUUGUUUUCUUAAUGGUGAGGUUCAGCUGGAAGUUCAGAGAAAAUGGAGGCAGUGGCAUUUGAGCAAACACUUGGGUCAGCAUCUCAGCACCUCUGCCAGUAACGGGGGAAGUGGUUUAACUCAAGAGAUGCAGAUGCUGAGGUCGAGCCCACCAGGGCAUAGGAGAGCAACCUUCCAAAGAUCAUGUGUGCUUUAA